AUGUUCCCUGAUCCAUCGGACUCCAUCAGCAAAAAGAAGAACCACCCGAUCGAUGCCAUCGUCGUGUGUCAAGCUGUAGCAACCGAGCAUCGUCGCAAUGAUCUUGGAGCUCGGUGCGGAUUGCGGCUUCUACCUGGGAAUAUGAUGAAUCAUCGGACACCACUAAACGUUCCCGCUUUGUUCCCAGACUCUGUCUUUGGCUUUGGUGCCGUCCGCCAUCGCCGUCGCCGCCCCCUACUACGGACACACGCCCAUUACACGCCACAGCUACUCGGCCGAUCCAUUGAUGGAUUGGGAAUGACAGCUCGGUACGAGAGCAGUGCCUCCAGGCUCCAGACUCCCGACUCUUCGCAAGCUUCAGCGCCUUCAUGA